GCCCACAAGAGCAACUGUUAGAGCAGAGAUAGACAGACAAACACAUAGCCAUAGAACUCCCUAACUCAGACAUUUCACACAAAAAGUAAAAGUGAAUUCAAAACAACACUCCAUCCAAGAGGGUCAGACACCUAAUUGGAUAAAUCCUCUAAUGCAUCUUGAGCAAAUCAAGACUAAUUUUAUUGAUUGAUUUUGCUUAAUCUUAGGGAAUGAGUAAAAAGGACACUUUUGAUCUUUUUUGAAAAAAGAAAAAGAAAAAAAGUCAAGUGGAUCUUUACUCAUUUCUGAGAAAAAAGGGGAAACAAGAAGACAACUGGAGAAGGAGAGACACGGAGCGAGGAAGAGAAAAGCAUCCCCUUCUUCCUCGGCAUCAGCAGAAGUGUCGCCUGAGCUGGACUAGUGAUUCCCUCCACCUGUGAGGCACCACUCUGCCAGCGUGCACCCAGCCUCCCUGCACUCCUCUCCAGCCGCCAACGCAGCCUCAGCAUAUCAGCUCCAGCACCGGCGGAGGAUGGCUGCAGCCAAGACCGAGAUGAUCCUUCCAGCCCUGCAGAUCUCAGACCCUCUGAGCUUCCCUCACUCCCCCAUGGAUAACUACCCAAAGCUGGAGGAGAUGAUGAUGCUCAGCUCUGCGGGGACCCCCUUCCUCACCGCCUCCGCACCCGAAGGGGCAGGCUUUGGCUCGGGGGAGCCAGGAGACCAGUACGACCACCUUGCUGGAGAUACGUUACCUGAUAUCUCCCUCAACUGUGAGAAACCGAUGGCGGAGCAGACCUACCCCACCCAGAGGCUGCCCCCCAUCUCCUACACAGGCCGCUUCACCCUGGAGCCUGCCACCACCUGCAGCAACAGCCUCUGGGCGGAGCCCCUCUUCAGCUUGGUCAGUGGCCUGGUGGGCAUCAACCCCCCGCCAAGCUCCACCUCUUCCUCUGCCGCCUCACAGACCACCUCAUCCUCCUCUUCCUCUGUCCCGUCCUCCUCCUCUUCCUCCUCUUCUACCUCCUCCUCUUCUCAGAGCUCCAGCCUCAGUUGCUCCAUCCACCACAGUGAGCCCAACCCCAUCUACUCAGCCGCCCCCACCUACUCCAGCCCCAACCCCGACAUCUUCCCAGACCAGGGGCAGGCCUUCCCCAGCUCAGCCGGAGCCUCACUCCAGUACCCUCCUCCUGCCUACCCCAACGGCAAGACCUGCAGCACGAGCUUCCCUGUGCCUAUGAUUCCUGACUACCUUUUCCCUCAGCAGCAGGGAGAGAUCAGCCUGGUUCCACCAGACCAGAAGCCCUUCCAGAGUCAGUCAGGGCAGCCCUCCCUCACUCCUCUGUCCACCAUCAAAGCCUUUGCCACCCAGACUGGUUCCCAGGACCUGAAGAGCGUCUACCAGUCUCAGCUGAUCAAGCCUAGCCGCAUGCGCAAAUACCCCACACGGCCGAGCAAGACCCCUCCCCACGAGCGGCCCUACGCUUGCCCCGUGGAGACCUGUGACCGCCGCUUCUCACGCUCCGACGAGCUGACGCGUCACAUCCGCAUCCACACGGGCCAGAAGCCCUUCCAGUGCCGCAUCUGCAUGCGCAACUUCAGCCGCAGUGACCACCUGACAACGCACAUUCGCACGCACACCGGCGAGAAGCCCUUUGCCUGCGAGAUCUGUGGACGCAAGUUUGCCCGCAGCGAUGAGAGGAAGAGGCACACAAAGAUCCACCUACGGCAGAAGGACAAGAAAGCGGAGAAGGGAGGAGCGGUGGUGGUGACAGCAGCGCCAGUGUCAGCUGCCUCACCGGCCUCCAGCUACCCCUCUCCCAUCACCUCCUACCCCUCCCCAGUUUCCUCGUACCCCUCUCCUGUCACCUCCUGCUACUCCUCGCCAGUCCACACUUCCUACCCUUCUCCUUCCGUUGCCACCACCUACCCGUCAGUAUCCAUGUCCAGCACCUUUCAGUCCCAGGUCACCUCCUCCUUCCCCUCCUCUGUCGCCUCCAACAUCUACAGCUCCCCGGUCCCCACCCCGCUAUCAGACAUGCAGACCACUCUUUCCCCAAGGACAAUCGAGAUCUGCUAAGGAAGAGCAAAGAGAAAAACACUUUUUUUAUUCUCUCCUCACCUCUCCUUCCUUAAGUUUCUUUGAGGGGAAAGAAAUCAGCAUCAAAAGACUUUGUUUUUCCCCUCCAAAAAGCACUUUUCUGUCUGCUCCCUGUGCAGUGUUAGGUGAAUCUUGAGAUUUACCUGAAAGCGAGAGAAAAAAAAAAAAAGGAAGAAAAAAAAACACAUGUCAAGGACUGGGCAAAGACAAUAGCAGAUAAAAAGGGAUUUUUUUCAUCUCUGUAAAGCAAAUGCAGCACUUCAAAUGCAUAAGGGACUCAAAAGAUAGAGCAGUAACAGGCAUUGACAGGUCUCUACUAUUACCGUACACAAAAACCUAGAGACAAACAGAUCGAAAGAACAUUGCCAGCAGUUGUGGUGCUAAGGCACAUUCACCCUAGCAGGCAUUCAUACGUACAAAAGACAUUGAAUGAUAUACAUAAGCUACCCUAUAUGUAUAUUGUAAAUGUGCCAUGUUUUGUUUUUAUCAUACUUUGGUACCAUUGAUGUGAAAACUUAUUUGCAUAUUUGCAUUGUAUUAUUUGAAGUGAGCAGGGCCAUAUUUUCUACAUACUUUCUCUAUUAUGUAGUGAUGAUGCUGUGAUACGUUUUGACAUUGUUUGAAAAAAAAGCACUUAAGUAUUCAAGCAUGAGUAAGAGUGAUGUUACUUUCUGUUUGUAAAUAUCAUCCACUGGUACUAUCUCUUUCUCUCUUUCUCACAUGUGACAUAUGUGUUAUAUGGAAAAAUAGAGAGAAGAAAAAAAAAAAACUUUUAAAAAUCAAAACAAGACAAACGUUCUCGUUAUUUGGUGCCUUUUGUGAAGCCUUGCUGAUGUUGUGACUGAGGCUGAGCGCGAGAGAGGAUGCACUGCAUCUCGCCUUAAGGGUUGAGGGGAUAUUUUUGUUACAGAAUGUAAGUCAUACUCAGAGGGAGGAAAAAGGGAUGAGGUAUGAGGGCACCGCUUCAUUUCAUUAGAAUGUAAGCAAAAAAGGAGAAAAAUUCUAAACUAUAUUUUUGUAAAACUUAAAUGUAAAUAUCCACAUCUUCAAGAGCUGGAAUGUUGAAGUUACCUACUGAGUAGGCAUGGGAUUUUUUUGUAUGUUAUAUACAUGCAGUUCAUUAUUUUGUGGUUAUCUUUAUUUUGUAUUUGUGUUUGUUAAACCAAGUGACUGUUUCUGGCUUCUAAACACAUUGAAUGCGCUUAACUGCCAAUGGGAUAUUUGGUGUACAAGAUAUCCUCCCAGAAAUGAAAUAUAAAUAAAAUAUGAAUAUAUAUGUA